AACCAAAGCUGCCAUCUUUGCCCAUAUAGGAAGAUUCUAUUCUUAAGUGCUAACUAAAAUAUCUAAGAGUGGCUUCUUGACUUACCGAUAGCCUAGUUGUUUCUAUGCUGCUGACCACCUGACAGCUAGGAUGAAACUCAUAUUUAAGUUCACAAAAUGCACAGCAGUUAAUCUACUGAAGCGCAGGAAUGUACAUGGUUGUCAAUAUCGGACGAACUGUGUGGAAACUACUUUUCUUAAGGGGUCAUGGAAGAGACGAGAAUAUGUAGGCCUACUUUCACGUCGCAUGCCAUUUUAUCAUUUGGAGUCUUUCACGUCGCCAUUCCCCAGUAUCCGAUUUGGAGAGGUUUCAGCACCCCUGGAUCUCUGGAGACUAUCGAGGCUCAAACUGAACUGGUAUAGUACCUCCACUGAUUCGAGACCUGACACUCAAGAUGGGGUUGAAAGUGAAGACAACUCAACCACGACUAAAGACAUCAUGCAAAUACCAUUGGAAGACAUCCUGGCACACCCGGGGCGAUGGCGCCUGUUGAGUUUCGGCUCCUUAUACUCAUCGUUGAUGAAGAGCUUUGGUGCUGGAGCCAGACUGUGGAAACUCGUGGAGAGGAAACCAGAGUUCCCCCUCGAUGGUGGCCAGAAGCAACGAAUUGCCAUUGCAAGAGCCUUACUCAAGAACCCGAAGAUACUCCUGCUUGACGAAGCCACAAGUGCGCUGGAUGCGGAGAACGAGAAACUGGUGCAGGAGGCACUAGAGCGUCUGAUGGUGGGCCGCACAGUGCUCAUCAUUGCCCACCGCCUCUCCACCAUCCAGAACGCCAACAAUGUGGUCAUGCUGGACCAGCAUCACGUCGUCGAGUGCGGCAGCUACACCAAGCUGCUGGCUAACCGUGACGGACUCUUCCGGAAGCUCAUGGAGAAGCAGGCCUUCAUGCAGGGGGAGCAGAAUCAGGCCCUGUAGUGAGGCACCAAAGAAACACCCCUCCCCUCCAGCCCACUCCAGCCUUUAGAGGCCAGGAAAUGAGAUUGGGUUAGCUCGUGAGGGUCAAAGGUCAUGGGAGACAGUCACGUAUCUAGCAGCACAUGCUGAUGUUAUAUUACAUUUUCUGGAGACCUCUGAAGUUCCUAUGGGAAAAUAACAUGGGGAUUUUGAAUUAUCGCACCUGUUAAACUCUCGCAGGGACAGGACAGUAAAGUCUUAAAUGCAGACAUUUUCCUAAACACACUUUUGUCCUCUGCCUUCUUGUGCAUACUGUGAUCUCCAGUACGUGAAGCCGGCACACUUUAAUUUUUGCUACCCCAGAGCUAACUUGCUAACUAACUUAAUGGCAAGUUGCAUCGUGAGUUAGCUCUGGGGUAGCAAAAAUCGAAGUCUGCCACCUUCGCGUACACACAGUAUCCUCUCGAAGGCAGAGGACAAAAGUGUGUUCAGAAAAACACCUGAAUUUCCGAUUUUGUCAUCCCCGGUAGAGUUUAACAGGUGUGAUAAUUCCAAAUCCCCAUGUUAAUUUCCCAUAAGAUUUCGCCAGAUACUGUGUCUCCUUAUAUGGGCAGCGAUAUGAUUAAUUUACAUACCUCACCAUAUAAACAGGUAAUAUGUGAGACAUUUGUCAUGCAUUAAUUGACUCAGGUUGUUAAUUGUCAUUGUAUCGAUGAUAUUCACAUGCCCACAAUGCUUGUUUGGCAUAGCGCUGAUGGCUCAUGAUGAUCAAUCUUGACACACUUCUCCUAGGUGGUCCAUCAUGUCAAAAUAAUAAUAUGAUGUUGUUGCACACACACACACACACACCCCUGUGAGGAUAACUAGUCAACUGUUAUCAGCAUUGCACUGCAUAUCACAAAAUGUAUGUCAUAAAUGAAUUACUUAGAAUGUAUCUUUGUAACCUACAAUAUAUAUUUGUGGUGAAGCGCCCCUUAUUGACUACCAUCGGCAUUAUUGCCUUGCACUAUAUUUAUAUUUAAUCCUAAACCUCAGUCUAUACUGAUAUUGCACUCCCACCUUCUUUUCAAUUGUAUAUUGCAUCUUGCUUGUGCCUGUUGAUGUGUCCACGACCAUGGAAACCUUGACAGGGACAACAAGGAGGUGGACAUUCCCAGCCACACUCCCCCUCUGGACAAUUGCAUUACCCUAUCCCACUUAGUGUAUAUUUAUUUGCAAAUGUACACACUGUAUUUAUUAUUAUGCAUAGCCUUAUUCUACUGUCCUUCAUUCUAUUCUUACUGUUCUGUAUCUUAUUCUUUUAUGUUUUAUUUGUUUAAGUGUUGUUUAAGUGUUGUACUUUGAGAGCAAAGAUUAACCAGAGUCAAAUUCCUUGUUUGUCUACACAAACCUGGCCAAUAAAGCUUAAUCUGAUA